AUGUCGGCAAGGCGAGCGGCCGCGUCCGAACGGCGUAGAUCGAUCGAAGUGAGAGAGGUCAACACUGAGAUGGGAGAUGACGCAGACGGAGUGAGCAGCGAUUCUAGGCGUGAAGCGGGUCGAGAGGACCAGGAAGGAGCCGAAGGAGAUGAUCAGAAGCGCGACAUGCUCCAGCUCAUCCAGACGGUGUCGACAUUUCUCUGUUCUGUGAAGGAGAAUGGCGAAGAGCUAGCAGCGGGCUUCCAGCGUAUCCCCAACCGCCGUGUGCUGCCCGACUAUUUUGAAAUCAUAUCUGAUCCUGUCGCCUUCAGUACUGUCCGAGGCAAAGUACAAAGGAAACAGUACACUUCCUUUGCAGAAUUCGUCAAAGAUGUCGCGCAAAUUUGCCACAAUGCCCAGGUCUAUAAUCGCCCCUCGGCACCGAUAUUUGGCGCUGCCGUGCGACUUCGCGAGGUCUUCCGCGGCGAGCUCAAGAAGCUCGUAAACAAUGGUGACAUUUCGGCCAGUGACGCAACGAUUCCGGACCUAGGAGAGCUUCCUCCGGCGGAAGAAUCGUCCUCUCGGGGAUCUGAAGCAGGAGACGUCGAUGGCGAAGAAGAAGACGAGGACGAGGACGACGAUGACGAAGAAGGAGAAGAAGAAGAAGACGACGACGAUGAAGAGGAAGAGGAAUCCGAUGAUGAAGGGGGGCCCAGAGACCGUGACCAUGACAAGUACGAAUACACGCACAAGAAAAGGGGCCGGCCACCGAUGGUGCUCACGCCGAUGGAGGCUCGCAUUUCCUCUAUUCUUAAGGGACUGAGGAAAUUCAAGGAUCACGAGGGAGGCCUUCUUAUCCUAGCAUUCGAAAAACUGCCCGACAAAGCAUCGGUUGCCGAUUACUACCAAACGAUCACCAACCCCAUUGCUCUGGACAACAUCAAAAGAAAGGCCAAACGAAAGAAGUACCACGACGUUGAUCAAGUCCUCGCGGACAUCGAGCUCAUGUUUGAGAACGCAAAGCUCUAUAAUGAGGACGACAGCGAGGUAUUCCAAGCUGCGGUGGAGCUCCAACGGCAGGCGCGCUUGUUAGCCGAGCAGGAGAAGGGCAGGCCCGACGACGACUUCAGAGAUGAGGAUGGAAAAUUGCCCUUGGCCGAGGCUCAGCACAAUGGACAGGCGUGGAAGAUCGGCGACUGGGUCCACAUUCGCAACCCCAACGACUUGGCCAAGCCCAUCGUCGCACAGAUAUUCAGGACCUGGCAAGACCGUGCUGGGCAGAAGUGGAUCAAUGCCUGCUGGUACUACCGGCCAGAACAGACGGUUCAUCGGCAUGAGAAGCACUUUUUCGAACGCGAAGUGGUCAAGACGGGGCAAUAUCGCGACCACCAGAUCGGUGACGUCUUGGAUCGCUGCUUCGUCAUGUUCGUCACGCGCUUCAACAAGGGCCGGCCGCGAGGCUUUCCACCAGACAAAGAUGUGUACGUGUGCGAGUCACGGUACAACGAAGAGAAAUUCCGAUUCAACAAGAUCAAGACCUGGGCGAGCUGCGUACCCGACGAAGUCAGAGAAAAGGACUACGAGAUGGACCUAUUCGACGCGCCCAGCCGCAUGAGAAAGAUACCUAGUCCGAUCAAGCAUUUACUGCGAGAGGACGCCAAGGAGACAGACGAGCUUCCGCGACCGAUCUGGGGAAGCCCCAAUGCUCCUCCAAUCAUCGGCGCCGUACACCGGCGCCUACCAGAGCCUAAUGAAUCACCGCCGCCUGAGCCUACCCCGCCGCCACCAGUCCCCGCGGCAGCCGACGUGCGCUCGUCGAUGUUUUCGGUGGUCCGAGACGGGCCAGCGGAGGCAACUGUGAGAGGUCCGUUUCAUGGGCCGGGACCCGCAUCACCCCCCGCAUCAGGAGUGUCCCCUAUGCACCAGACGCCCGUGCCUAUCCCUCACCCGCCCCAUCACGCCGCGCCCGCCCCGCCGCAUAUGCCCAUCCGGCCCAUGCACUACCAGCACCCGCAUCCGCAUCCGCAUCCGCAUCCGCACCAGCACCUUCAACACCCCCAGCACCAGCUCCAGCAACAACAGCCCCAGGCUGGCUACGUGCACAACUACUCGGCUGCUGCCGCAGCCCAUCAGCAGCCCAUGGGCACCCCGCUGGCAGCUGGCAACAGCAGCCAAGUACAACUACCUCAGUCCGCUCGAGCAGCCCUUGCACCCGUCACUGGGAGUACCACCCAGCACGCCACCGUGUACAACCCGCCUCGCCCCCCUGAGGUAUAUACCCUCACCGACGGUGCCAAUGAUGCGUUGCCUACGGCGCUCCGCCAAGGCUUUCAGCACGAUGACGCCGGGAGGGUUUUGUUCUUUACCGCGCCGCCACUUGAUCACAAGAAGCGCAAAUGCCGAGACGAAGCCGCGAGAAAGCCAGAGGUCUCUCAGAAACGUAUGGCCACGGACGAGGCCGCUGUCACAGAGGCAGCGGAUCCUGUUGUGGGGGAAGCAACGAACGCCAUGAAUGAGUGGUUUCGCCAGCUUGAUCACGAGACCCACGAAUGGCGAAGAAAUGCCGGCUUGGAGGGAUGGAGCAACGUGGCAUAA